UUUUUCCGAUGUGAGAAUGUGUGAAACCUUUUAGUGUUAGCUUCACUGUCUGAAUGCUUUUUUAUUUUUAUAAAACCUUACACGUUUUUGGUGAAACCUUGUGUAGCUAGAUCACAUCAGACCACUUCACUCUUCUUCUCUGGGGUGAUCUGCUCCAGCUACACAAGGUUUCAUCAAAAUGUCUCACCCACUCCCAACACGGGCUCAGGUCCCUUUAACUGUCGAAUUGGAAGCUAACUUCAGCGUGGCAAGGCGUCGCCGUCAUUGUUUUGGUCACUGAGAGAAGAAGAGAAGAGAGAAGACAGGGGUCGUGUAGUUUCAUUAAACAGAUCAGUCAGCAUGACAGCCAAGCGUGGACUGAUAACUGACUCAUUCAAGGUGGUAAAGAGAGCAAGGAGGGCGAGCAAACGAGAGAAGAGAGCCAUUCCUCCCCCACCACAGAAAGAUGGAGCAGAGGCUGACACUGAAACAGUCAGAGAUAAGGAGCUGCAGAAGCUCAGACAGUUUGAUCUGGACUGGAGGUUUGGGCCCUGCACAGGUAUCAGCAGGCUGCAGAGAUGGGAGAGAGCACAGUUCCAUGAUCUGAAUCCACCUGAGGAGAUCAGAGACCUGCUGCUGCAGACACACACUGACCCUGAGUAUUACCAGAGCCUAUGGAGUGAAUAUCCUUUGUAAGGAAGUCAUCCAGAGGAAAGAACAAAGACUCCAACAAAAGUGAAAUCCAGUUUGUUUCUAUGUAAACAUUUUGAAUCAUGGUGUCAGAGGGCUUUGCACUAUGUACAGCACUGACCCUGUAUCCUUAGGCUGUUUAAAAAUCAAGAAAAAGAAGAGAGUGAAACCAUGGCAACAGAAGAUGUCCUUCUUUCAGCAAAGAGGCCGAAGAAUGACAGAACAUCUGGAUGUGUUUUUUAUUUUUUUAAUUUUGCAGUUAAAAAUGUUGUCUUCUAAACACUAAGUUUUUAUUUACAUUUUAAUAAAAAUCUACUGGAACGCUG